GGGGCGGAGCCGGAGGCCUGAACCAAGAUGGCGGCUGCGAAACCGACCCCCACGGACUCGCUCUCGUUCUGCCUCGCGCAGCUGACGGAGGCGGCCGGGGAGGGUCUGGGUGGGGGCAAGGACCCGGCUGCUAGCGAGACACCCUUGGGCCGUGCGCUCUUAGCUCUCCGCACGCGCCACGUCAAGGCAACAGGGGGAAUCGAGCGCUUCCGGGCACGGGGCGGACUCCGCCCCCUUCUCGCGCUGCUGCGGCGAGCGGCGGCGACGGGCCCCGCCCCACUCCAGGCCGGCGCUGGCUCCGCCCCUUCGCCUGAGGAGGGGGCGGUGGUGGGCCCUGCCCCCGCCCCGGUUCCUUCUGCGGCUGCGUCUUCGCCGCCAGCGCGCCUGCGCAAGACGCUGGAUCUGGCUCUGAGCAUUUUAGCCAACUGCUGUACCGAGGGGGCGUGUCGGGCCGAAGUGCGCAGACUCGGAGGCAUUUUCGCCUUGGUGACCAUUCUGCAGUGCGUGAAGACAGACAGUAUCCAGAACCGCACCGCCCGCGCCCUGGGGAACUUGGCCAUGGAGCCGGAGAGCUGCGGGGACAUCCACUCUGCGGGUGCGGUGCCCCUGCUGGUGGAGAGCCUGAGCGCCUGCCAGGACUCGCAGUGCCGACAGAGCGUGGUCCGCGCGCUGCGCAACCUGGCCGACUCGCCGCAGCACCGCCUGGCGCUGGCGCAGAAGGGCGCGGUGCGCCCCCUGGCGGAGCUGCUGGCCGCCGCCCCCGACCCCGCGCUCACGCUGGCGCUCGUGCGCGCCCUGCAGGAGCUGAGCCGCGGCUGCUCUCGCGCCUGUGCGGAGCAACUGAGCCUGGGCGGCGGCCUGGGCCCCCUGGUCGGCCUGGCCGCGCAUCCCAAGAGGGCGGUCCGCGAGGCGGCCAUCCUCACCCUCGCCAACCUGUGCGCCCAGGGCCUGGUGCGGCCGGCGCUCGGCAACGCGGGCGGCGUGGAGGUGCUGCUGGGCGAGCUGCGGCGGCGCCGGGGGCCGGGGGGCACCGGGCCGGCCCCGCAGCAGCCCCUGGUGCGCGCCGUGUGCCUCCUGUGCCGCGAGGCCAUCAACCGCGCGCGGCUCCGCGAGGCCGGCGGCCUGGAGCUGCUGAUGGCGCUGCUGCGGGACCCGCGGGCCAGCCCCUGGCACCCCCGCGUGGUGGCCGCCCUCGUGGGCUUCCUGUACGACGCGGGGGCCCUGAGCCGCCUGCAGGCGCUGGGGCUGGUGCCGCUGCUGGCCGCGCAGCUGUGCGGGGAGGCGGGCGAGGAGGAGGAGGAAGGCCGCGAGGCCGCCUCCUGGGACUUCCCCGAGGAGCGGACCCCCGAGCGCGCCGAGGCCGGCAGCUUCCGAAGCCUCCGGUCGUGGCUCAUCUCCGAAGGCUAUGCGGCAGGCCCAGGGGACAUCUCCCCGGACUGGUCCCCGGAGCACUGCCCCACGCCCGAGCCCCCCGAGCCCUGCAGCCUGGCUCCCGGCACCCCCGUGCCUCAGCCCCCGCGCCCCCUGCGCACUCCAGAACGCGGCGCCGCUGCCUCGGAAGAGCCCUGGGGCCGCGAGGGGCCGGCGCUGCUGCUGCUGUCACGCUUCUCUCAAGCCCCGGACCCCAGCAGUGCGCUGGUCACAGGCCCGGCACUAUGUGGGCUGCUGGCCUAUGUGACCGGCGCCCCGGGGCCCCCCAGCCCGCGGGCACUGCGAAUCCUAGCACGACUCACUUGCAACCCUGCCUGCCUGGAGGCCUUCGUGCUGAGCUACGGAGCCGCCCUGCUGCGGGCCUGGCUGGUGCUGGGGGUGGCCCCCGACGACUGGCCGGUGCCCCGUGCCAGGCCCCCUCGCCGCAGCCAGCACCGGGAGCUGGGUGAGAUGCUGCUUCAGAACCUGACGGUGCAGGCCGAGUCCCCAUUCGGAGUGGGCGCCCUCACGCACCUGCUGCUCUCAGGCAGCCCCGAGGACCGCGUGGCCUGCGCGCUGACCCUGCCCUUCAUCUGCCGGAAGCCGUCUCUGUGGCGCCGGCUGCUGCUGGACCAGGGGGGCCUCCGGCUCUUGCUGGGGGCUCUGACUCGCCCAGCACCGCACCCUCUCUUCCACUUCUUCGCUGCGGAUUCCCUGGCCUGCCUCCAAGCCCUGCUGUCACCCACUGUGGCUGCUGUGACCCCCGUCCUCUCACCCACCACCCCGGAGGACCCAGGCCCCUCUUCCCGCUGCCUCUAUGAACCUCUGCUAGGCCCCUCCCCCAGCCCAGCCCCCGACCUUCACUUCCUCCUGGACUCAGGCCUGCGCCUCCCAGCCCAGCGUGCUGCCUCGGCAGAGGCAUCCCCCUUCUUCCGAGCCCUGCUGGCUGGCAGCUUCGUGGAAGCCCAGAUGGACCUGGUGCCACUUCGAGGCCUGUCCCCUGGUGCUGCCAGGCCAGUCCUGCACCACCUGCAUGGCUGCCGGGGCUGUGGGGCCACACUGCAGCCUGUCCCCCCGGUAGGCCAGCCCCUGCUGGGCUCCGAAGCUGAGGAGGCGCUGGAGGCCGCCAGCCGUUUCCUGCUGCCCAGCCUAGAGGAGGAGCUGGAGGACGCCGUGGGCCGCAUUCACCUGGGACCCCAGAGCGACCCGGAGUCAGUGGGGGAAGUCUUCCGCCUGGGCCGGCCCCGACUAACCAUCCACUGUGCCCGCUGGACUCUGGGGCCCGGGCAGUGCCCCCGGAAGCGGGCACUGGCCCUCGUGGGGCUGGUGGAGACGGCUGGCCAGGAGGCAGGAGCCCUGGUGGAAGCUUUGCUGGCUGUGGUGAUGGGAGCUGAAUGAGGCGGCCCCAGCCUAGAUUGCUGUUAGCCUGGGGGGACCCAGGGGUGAGCUGGCUAGAAGGGAGGAGCGAGUGUGUCAGAGGGCACGAGGACCGAAGGCCGAGCAGGGACCCGAGAGAAGGUAGAGCUGGAGCCGGGGUGGUGGUCCACAAGCUCAGAGUAAGAGAAGCCAAGGCCAGAGAGUGGGCACGGGGGAUGGACACAGGACCUCUGAGGUGGCGGCGGGCGGGGGGAGCACUCAGCACACUGGGCACCUGGCCCGGCCCACCCCAGUGUCUGGAGCUGAAAUUAAAACUGUGGAGCUAAACCCUAAUAAAUACUGUCUGGUGUGUUUACUUACCCCUCUCCCACCCCAGCCCCCAGCUUCUUCACAUCUCCCUGCUCUCUCCUCUUCCUCCUCUCUUUACCUGAGACGCUUAGCUCUGAUUUACAGUGGUGCAGGGAAUUGAACCUGGGACUUCAGAGCCUUAGGCAUCUCCCCUACCCCCGUCUCUUGUCUCAAUCCAGUCCACCCGUGUCAUGUCCGGUUUAAUAAGUAAUUGUGCCCACAGUACUUCCUGGAGCCCCGGAUAUGGUGGAAUUCCCAGGCCUCCCUUGGGCUGUGUGGUUUGGGGCCCCUGGGGAGGUCUUUUUCCUGCUCUUCUGACUUCCUUGCUUUAGAGAGCCAUUCGGCUGGACACACCGACCUUGGUCAGGGCUGAGGGGAGGCUGGGUGUUGGAGUGCACACAAGGCUUUGGCAUUACUGUUCCCCAGGAUUCCCACCCCAUAUCCAGCCUUCCCUCUGGAUCUCUGCAUGUCGGCGAUCUAGGGUGCUUCUGCUAGUGGCCUUGGGGAAGGUCUGCCCUGUUCCUGGAGUCCCAGGCACUGCCUACUUCAGUAAGUCUGAAGAAAAUCAGAGCCCUGGGUUGGUACUCAGGGCAGGAUGGCUCCAGGUGCUCUGGGCUCUGGGGCAGGGUGAUGGCAGUUGCCUGGACUGAGCCUGACAGCCUCUGGGGAGCUAAGGUUGGUGCUUGAUGUCCCUCUGAGUGUUUGGGUCUCUUCCCAAACUCCAAGAGAGCAGCCCAGGAGGUGGUGCAGUGGCUCAAGUGUGGGACCUUAAGAGCAUGAGGUCAGGGCCAGGAGAUGGCAUAGCUGGUUAAGUGCACAUAUUAUAUAGUGUGCAAGGACCCAGGUUCAAGCCCCUGGUCCCCACCUGUAGGGGAAAAGCUUCACAAGUUGUGAAGCAGGGCUGCUGGUGUCUCUUUGUUUCCCUUGAUUUCCCCCUCCCC